UUGCAACCACAGGAGGAGGGGGAAAGCGGUUGCCAAGGGAGGAGAGGAAGGGAAGGGAAGGAGAAGCUGCGAGCGAGGUCUCCAUGGGUUUCUACAGACAUCAGCAAUUUGGACUCCCAAGAUCGUAAUGAAUUCCAUGGACUGAAAAACGUCCAAGUCAACCCUUCUGCAGCACAGCAAAAAUGAAGGUGCUCCUAGCCAAGGUGCUUUGUCUGCUGGGGGUGUUUGUGCUCAUGCUGGGCGGCUCCCUCCUGCCGGUGAAGAUCAUCGAGGCCGACUAUGAGAAGGCUCAUCGCUCCAAGAGGGCCCUCGCCCUUUGCAAUUCCUUUGGAGGAGGCGUCUUCCUGGCUACCUGUUUUAACGCCCUGCUUCCUGCUGUCCGAGAAAAGCUCCAAGAAGUCCUGACGAUCGGGGGUGUGACCACGGACUACCCCCUGGCGGAAACUAUCAUGCUGAUGGGCUUCUUCCUGACGGUCUUUUUGGAGCAGCUGAUUCUGACUUUCCGGAAGGAGAAGCCGUCCUUCAUCGACCUGGAGACCUUCAACGCCGGCUCGGAUGUCGGCAGCGACUCCGAAUACGAGAGCCCUUUCAUCGAGUCUUCCUGGGGGCAGCACCGCCCCGGCGAGCACAGCCACCACAGCCACAGCCUGAGCAUCCAGGAGCUGUCCCGCUCCAGCCCGUUGCGCCUCUUCAGCCUGGUCUUUGCCUUGUCGGCUCACUCCAUCUUCGAGGGCCUGGCCCUGGGCCUGCAGGAGGAAGGCGACAAAGUGGUCAGCCUUUUCCUGGGCGUGGCCAUCCACGAGACGCUCGUGGCCGUGGCCCUGGGCAUCAACAUGGCCAAGACCGCCCUGACGAUGAAGGACGCGGCCAAGUUGGCCGUCGUGGUCAGCUUGAUGAUCCCGGCGGGCAUCGGGAUCGGCGUGGGGAUCGAAAGCGCCCAGAAUGUGGCCAGCAGCAUAGCCUCGGUGCUCCUGCAGGGCAUCGCAGCGGGCACCUUCCUCUUCGUCACUUUCUUUGAGAUCCUGGCCAAGGAGCUCGAAGACAAGAGUGACCGUCUGCUCAAAGUUCUCUUCCUGGUCCUGGGGUACACAGUUUUAGCGGGGCUCGUCUUCUUCAAGUGGUGAAGCCGCCCGCUGCCCCCCUCCCCACCCACCCUUUGCCUUGCAGCCGGAUGGAAAAUGGGACCCUGUCCCAGGAGACAGGGACACGCAACUCCAGGUGGAGCAGGAGACAGAGGAGGAACCGUCGCGGGGCAGGCCCGUGCGGUGUGCAUGUGGGGCCUUCUCCCAUUGGCCUGGUGUUGCCGGGGCGAUCACCGAGCCAAUUAGAAGCAGUGGUUCUGCGGCCCCCUCUAACAGCCUCAGGGAGACAUUGGCAGCCGGGCUGGUUAAGUCGCUUCCCGUCAUCCAGACCGAAGAAUAUCUGAAACAAAUGAACCCUGCGGGCAGGGCUGAUGCAUCUUGGAUGAAUCCCUCUGCGUUGCAGUCCUCAAUCCUCACUUGCCUCGCUGCUAGCUAGAGUCGCCUGCCGUCCUGUCCGUAAAGACAAGUGAUGUCUUAAAUUAUUUUACGGGACCGCUGAACCCGAGGCUGCUCCCCUCCUUUUCCAUCUGGGCUUUUAUGGCUGGCGGGCAAGAAGCACGGGGAAUUCAGGCCCUGCCCUGCUUUGAUGUGGGCGGCACUUGGACAUGGGUUGUAGGGCCUGUGUGCUCCUCCCCUGCUUUGCAACCCUCAGUGUGCCAAGCUGUCCCUCCCGAGCUGUCGCAGUCUCCAGCCCUCUGACAUUUUGCUGGCACGGUCAGGUGUUUAGAGAGUGUGGAGCGCUUCUAGGCUGGGGCCUAGUCCUUGGAUGGCGCAAAAAUGACUCAUUUGGAUGGCGGGUGACAUUGCCUCCCCCAGAUGUCGUUGAACAAUGGACGUACCUACACAUACCCACUUGCUUACACUAAGGAGAGAUCUGGGACCUGAAAGCUUGAUUGUUACAGUGUUGGGAAACGCUGCUGCUGCACCUAGAGGCUUGGGGGCAUGUUUGCCUAGAGGCAAAUCCAAACCCUGCCGCCCAAGCAGAAUUCACAGUGUCCUUCCAAGAUGGCUUCGCUCUAAAGGUAGCAUCCCGAGAUCCCCCGUGCAAAGCACCCCCGCAGAACUCUCCUGGAACGAAACUCUCUUCGAACAUUGUUCUGCUUUGCUAAUCUGAUUUGCCGGGAUUGGGGAUUUCCUUCGUUCAGCCACGGUGCAUGAAAAAGCAAGAGAGGAGGGAAUGCCAGCUGUCAGAGCUCGCGGCGUCACUGUCUCGUUUCUGCAGAGGUCAACAUCAUCCGAAGGCUUCCCAGAGCGUUAGGGGUACUGCUUCCUUUUUAAUUCUACGCAACUGCCUUCCAGCCUUGCAGGACAACCAGUUUCCCCUGAAAAUCCAUUGCAAGCAAGCAAGCAAGCAGAGAGAGGCUAGCAGCUCUCCUCAGCCUUCUCCUUUUCUGCCGCUUGCUGACGCAGGCCCCAGGGAGAACCAGAUGGGAGCAGGGCCAAAGUGCGACUCCCACAGCAUCUGCGCCAUCUAACCGUGACGGGUCCCAGCUCUGGGAAACGGCUGCGGAAGCCCCAGAUAAUGCAUGUUUUUCUUUGGAGAAACAGAAGUGGGAGGUGUGCGUGCAUCUGUGCGUGCGUAGCUUGGCUCUGAAAAACAGCCGCGAGGUUGUAACAGCAAGGAGCCAAGAGCAUCGCCCGUUAGUCCCAAAUGUUGGGAACCGGCUGGCUGUUCCUCCUCAUUUGUGCUGUGUGUGUGGGGUUGUUGUUGGUUUUUUUUGGUAAAGUUAGCUGCCAAAUUAGUCAGAGAUGCGUAAUCAGAGGGAUGAGCUCUUCUGUUGUUGAGCAGUUGGGUGAUGCAAGCUGCCAAGUUAAACUGGGGUCUUCCUUCCCCCAGCCUUUCCUCACGGAACAGAAGGAAAAGCUUAAUUGACAACAAAGCUCCAGUGUUCUUAAUGGUUCUUGUGCAUCCCUAAGCAACAGCCAGUGCUUCCUGCUGGACAUUUUCACUGUUCUUAGCUAUUCCAGGGAAAGAUAGUCUAGUAAUCCAGGGGUAAUACUUGGCUGGUUCUGUUACCAGGAACUCCUUUGCAUAUUAUGCCACAACCUCCUGAUGUGUGUGUGGCCUAAUAUGCAAAGGAGUUCCUGCUACAAAAAAAGCCCUGGUGUGGAGAAACAGUGAGUGAAGAAAGAGUUUAGCCCAAAAUCCUUGUCCCUGUAUUGCAGACAGACACAUUUUCUGGCUUAGGACACAGUUCUCCUCUUUGUCUUUGCCUAUGCCUAAUUAGACUUGACUGCCUGUGAGUUUCCUUCCAACAGGACCGCCAGUGAGUUUUCUCCAAUGGGAGAAAGCCAAAGAGACCUCCUCAUGCCUGAUAAAGAGUUCAGUGUAACUUGGAAACUUGCAUCAUCUUUACCAUUUGGCCCUGCGGGUGCCCACCUCGGCUGCACCAGCACGGCAGCUGGCAUCUCAGUCUCUAAACCAACACAACGCGGGACCAGCGCUUACUCUCAAAAGGGCUUCCGAUUUCUCAGUGUCAGCAGCUGCAUCCAUGAUCUGCAUUGUUUCCUUUCCUUUUUGCGUCUGGUUACAGACCGCAGUGUCGUGGGUGCCUUUGGGAAGAAAGGGGAGAUGUGUAGAGGACCCACCGCAUCAGCUAAAUUUCGGGAACACGUUCUCCGUGCUUGCAGGUCAUCUUGGAGCCAGACCCGUACCUUUGAAAUUAAGACCAGCUCCUUCCCUAUUUGUUUUAAGUUGAGCAUGGAGAACCUGUGUGUGUGUGUGUGUGUGUGUGUGUGUGUGUGCGAUUGUAUGUUAUUUAUUACAUUCUUGGUUGGGGGUGGACUUUUUUUUAAAAAACUCCGUAGGGAUCGAAGAUACUCUGUUGUGCUAGAAGCUGGCCAGCAUUUUGGUCAGCAGUAUUUAAAUAAAGCUUUUUAAAAAC